AUUUGAAAAACUCAGUAUUACCGUUAGAUCUGCCUACCGAUUAUUACCUUAUUUAAAACGUUGGAUUGCUCAUGCUGAACAAAAACAAUGCAGUAAAAUUGUCACAGAGAAAUUACCAGUCUUCCAUUGUUCUAUUCCUGUACGCGCUGUAGGCAAUGCUCGAGUUAAAAUGUUAGCUCGUCUAGGCCAAAGUCAUAGCAGUGAUAAUAAUGAUAAUAAUGCUGAAAAUCCAACUGUUUUGGCUCUUGUGACAAAACAAGUUAAGAAUAACAAUGAUGAUGGUGAUAAUCAUGAU